CCGCACCCAGUCAUCAAUCAAACGUCGUGUUGUUCGGUUCUGUCGAUACGCUUACACAGUAUUCGGGCCGCGGUGCAUCGUGCAUUCCGGUCGGCGGCGACGGUGAACGAGAAACAAAUACAAAAUAACGUAGGACUCGCUUGUGAACGGUCAUCGUCGCGAUAACAAUAAAGCUAGUACGGAUAAUAGUAUUGUGUCGCGGAUCCGGGUUUUAAAAUGCAAAGUUCGCGUUUCCGGUAGCGUCGCCAAAGACGACGUGUACCGCCCGGUGUUAUUAUUUUUUUAAAACUUUCGUUUCAUUAGCAGUUCUUUAGGAUCAUCGGUCCGUGGUUAUGCGAUUUUUGGCGUUUCACAUCUAAUUACUUCGUAGGUGUAAUGCGAGCGGACGCACGACUUAAAUUUUAAUAACGCGAUAUUGGUUAUUUAUUAUAAUAAAUUAUCAGCGGGCCAUAUUGAUCUCUACCAAUUCUACAUAACAUCUGCAGCUGGUCGCUACACUAUGGUUACCUAUCACUAUCUCAGCUGCAGUAAAUUUGGGGAUCACACAACACAGAGUGCGGUUUCAUAACCGACGUAUGGCUGCAGGUAUAUACGCCGUCAUCAUGACGGAGCGUCGUUAUCGCCACUGAGGCCAUCGUCGUCAACGCCACUGAAGCAGUGUCGUGUCCCGCACAUCGACGGUCUCACUGACCGCCGAAAAAUCGCAUGACCUUCCUCGUUAUCGGCUGAACGGUACACGGCCGGGUUCGGCGAGCGAUGACCACGACAGCAAACCAUCGGACCGCCGCAGGAGGUAACAUGGCUCCCGAGCCGGAAGAAGACAUCGCGGCCAUCGCCAAACAGAUAUCAGAUCACGCGGAAGCAAUAUAUCAGACGUGGAAAGCCCGAGGUUUAGCGCCUAACGAGAUACUAACGUGCCACCGCGAUUCAUCUGCCGCAGCCGACAAGUUUGGCUCGGUGCUGACACCACAACCCAAACCGCCGGCGGAUGUUACGGCUCCGAUCCAUCAUAACCGCAAUGCGCAGCUGAUGACCGACCCGAACAGCACCAACAACUUGGAACGACUAGUGAACAAGUUCGUAGUAGAGGACAAAGCUCGGCUGCAGGCGGCCCGGCAAUCACGUUCGCUGUCACCAAAGCCGUUCGCCUCGUCCAUUCAGUAUGCGCUACAAAAGUUCGAACAGAAGGCCUCCUCGUCCACUGGCCCCGUCCCCGAUCACCUUCAGUCACAACAACAGCAAAUGCAACAACAUGCUGCCGCGAGCAAGCAGAACUUUGGUGGAGGCGGUGCCGCCAAGAGGUACUGCAGCAAGCCGUCACCGAUGCGGAACUAUGUGGCGUCAGCGGCCGCAGAGGACAAUAAGGGCGUAGACGGUCCCGCGUGGCCGUUUCGGAACGGUGGCAAACCGGCGGCGGCCCAGUCGCAGCAAAAUACUUGUGACUUUAUGGACGAGGUGGCGAAAGAGGAACAGCGGCUAAUCGACGCGCUCAAGAACGGUUCGGUGGUAGAGAACAGGAAAACCGAAAAGCCGGCUGUGCCCAGCAAGGAGGGCGUUCUGUUGCGGUCGGCUGCCGGUGGUUACGAUGCGGUGUCGGCCGGCCACCGUUCUAAACCAGAGUUCCUCAUCGGGCUAUCUGCGCUCAGCUCAUCUCGGCGGAACCAGCACGCGCACCGGCAACAGGAACAGGUGCCGCACCCCGAGCUCACCGACCACCAGCGAGCCAAUAUUCGGUCCAAUCACCACCAAUCGAACCCAGUUCGGCCGUUUUUGACGCGUGGUUCAGUGGCCGAGCGGGUGCUCAUAUUUGAAAAGUGUCCGACCGAACUGAUGAAGAAUUCGGCUGUCUGCAAUUCUUCAUCGGCUCAUUCAUCAUGGAAGAACAUCGGUUCGGAUGUACACAGCAAAAUCCAAAACUACUCAAAGGAAACCAAUCAGAAACCUGGAGCGCCUCCGCCGCACACUACGUUACAAAGACAUACAAAGGCCAAUCGUAACGUAUUCAUUCCUAGAUUCUACUAUCCAUUUGGCAAACCCGAAAGUCAACAGCAAUGGGAUACGAUCGUCAAAACAAUCACAGAUUUCUUUAUGUCGUUGCCGAAUUCGCAAGCUUCAAAACACCAUUUUGGCCAAAUUGCUAAAUUGUGUAACUGCCCGCUUUAUUGGAAGCAACCUCUGUUCUUUGCCUGUGGCGGGGACUUGUCAAGUACCAUAGAUGUAAAUACCUUUCUUAAUUAUUGGAAAGACGUGUGGUCUUCUUGUCACGACUUACCAUCGAUAUUCAUACGCAUAUUGGCAAGAAACUCAAAAAAACAAACAUUAUCACCCGAGAACUUCAUCUUAUUAGUCCAAGAUGUGGUCGAAUCGCAUCCCGGUUUAACAUUCCUGAAAACUGCGCCAGAGUUUCAUUCUAGAUAUGUGCACACGGUAAUAUCAAGGAUAUUCUACAGUGUUAACACAUCAUGGAGUGGUGAUCUUAGCUUAGCAGAAAUCAGACGAUCAGAUCUAAUUCGAGUCAUUGACUUAUUAGAAAAAGAAGAAGACAUCAAUCAAGUCACAGCUUACUUCAGUUAUGAACAUUUCUAUGUCAUAUAUUGUAAGUUCUGGGAACUGGAUCGUGACCAUGAUUUAUUUAUCAGCAAAACCGAUUUAGCCAGGCACAGUGAUCACGCUUUGUCCACAAGAAUAAUUGACAGAAUAUUUUCGGGGACUGUUACUAAGAAAAAGCAAAAGAAUUCUAAUAACAAUUAUAUGGAAGAAAAAAUGAGUUACACAGAAUUUGUUUGGUUCCUAAUGGCUGAAGAAGAUAAACGACAUCCUAGAGCUGUCGAAUAUUGGUUCAGAUGCAUGGAUAUUGACGGUGAUGGUUAUUUGUCAAUGUAUGAGCUUGAAUAUUUCUAUGAUGAGCAAUUGCAAAGAAUGGAAAGUAUAGGAAUUGAAUGUCUGCCAUUUGAGGAUUGUUUGUGUCAGAUGCUUGACAUGGUUAAACCAAAGUGUAGCGGCAAAAUAUCAUUGGCUGAUCUCAAAUCAUGCAAAAUGACUCCGAUAUUUUUUGAUACAUUCUUUAAUCUUGAAAAAUAUCUGGAUCAUGAACAACGCGAUCCAUUUGCAUCACAGAGGGAUAACGAAAAUGAACAUAACGAAAAUGGAAAUAAAUAUUAUAAGGCAUCAGACUGGGAUAAAUAUGCUGCUGAAGAAUAUGAAAUGCUAGUAGCUGAAGAAGGUGGAAAUGAUGCACCAGAGGAAAUAAAUGGAACUGAUAUUGAAGAUAUCCUGUCACCUAAUUUGGAUGAUGUAUUGAAAUCAUGUACGUUUAAUAAAAUAUCCAAUCAGCCAAGAGUUCUGGUCACUGAUUUCUCUUCACCAUCUACUAUGUAUGAUGAUAAUGAUUCAUCUGAUUAUGCUGGCGAUAGCGAUGAUGAUAUUUAAUUUAUAUACACAAUAAUAAUACAUAAUAAUAAGUUAUAAAUGAUAAUAAUAAUAAUAAUUGUAGUAAUAAUUAUAGUAACACAACCAUGUUAUUUCUUUGUGACAAUGGGAAUUGCUGACAUUAUUAUACCAAAGAAUAUAGUUGCUCAUAUUGUCCUCUUGUUCCCAUGUUUUUAUUCUGUUGUUUACUUAAACUUUUAAAUUCAUUAUUUUUGACAAAAUGUUACAUAACAUUAAUUUAUGUGCUUGUUUUUGUUCAUGGGCUAUUGCCUGACUAUGGUCAUUAUUAUUUUGUUUUAUUUAUGAAAGAUUAAUCGUUGUUGUUUUCAAAAAUGUAUAAAGCAUUAUAAAGGGUGUUUAAAAUUACGCCAUAUACCAGAUUUUAUAUUUGUCAUUAUUAUAAUUUUUUUGUAUGAAAUUUAUAAAUUGUAAAUAAUUAAUUCAAUUUUUAACUAGUUAAAUUAAUGUUAAAAGUAAGUAGUAUAUUUAUAAUAAUGUAAAGUAUGAUUUAAAAAAAAAAACCAAAAUAUUUGUUAAAAAUGUUAUACGAAUCGUAUUGAAAUAGUGUUAAGAAUUGUGUCCGUUCUGUUAAAAACAAACAAAUUAUUAACAUAGUCUAGUCGUAAAUAGAACGUUAUUAUAGUAUGUGUACUAAUAAUAAUGACAUUAUUUAUUAAUUACAUAUUUUUAAAAACAAAAUCAUAUGAAAUAAUAAAAUCUAAUUUUCUCUUUA